GAACUGGCAUGAACUCGUCAGACUGAGUGCAAUAUGAAAACGCGUUUCAGUACGGUUUCUAUUUUGGACAACUGGCAUGCCGUAGAUAUCGAGUGAAAGUCGAGAAUGUUUUUAAAGUUGGAGCAGAAAAUAAAGAAGUAAAUCCCGGAUUUUGAGGAAAAGGCGUCUCUCUGUUUUGAAUUAUGGGCAAUACCAGCGACCGUCUAGCCACAGAUCGCCAUGGACCAAAAGCCCAUCGCGCAGAUGGUGUUGUCCAUAAAGACCAUGAACCCAGCAAGAUGGUGGACAGCACAGAUGACCCUAACAUCUUUAAUACACACGGCCCUGAAGUAAAGGCACCAGUAGAGAAGGAUUUGCCUCCAGAUUUGAAUGACCUGGUGAAAACUAGCCACCAGGAGCGUCCAACUGUGAUACGCUGGGCAGGAGGAGGGAAGGACGUCUAUAUCUCUGGCUCCUUUGACAACUGGAACACCAAGAUCCCACUUAAUAAAAGCCACAAUGACUUUGUUGCGAUCCUGGACUUGCCCGAGGGUGAACAUCAGUACAAGUUCUUUGUUGAUGGCCAGUGGCUUCACGAUCCAUCUAAGCCGGUUGUGACCAGUCAAAUGGGAACCAUCAACAAUUUGAUCGAGGUGAAGAAAUCUGACUUUGAGGUUUUUGAUGCGUUGAAGGUGGACUCUCUCGAGUGCUCAGACACCUCUGAUCUGUCCAGCUCUCCUCCCGGUGGUUACGGACAGGAAAUGUACAUGUUCCGACCAGAAGAGCGUUUUAAGGCCCCGCCCAUCCUUCCUCCUCACCUCCUUGAAGUCAUCCUCAAUAAAGACACCAACGUUUCAUGUGAUCCUGCUCUGCUGCCUGAACCCAACCACGUCAUGCUCAACCAUCUGUAUGCACUCUCAAUAAAGGAUGGUGUGAUGGUCCUCAGUGCGACUCACAGGUAUAAGAAGAAGUACGUCACCUCUCUGUUAUACAAACCCAUCUGAUCUUCAACGUGUCCGCUGUAAUCCUGCAUCGAACUCCAUCUAGCUAACCUUGUGCUACAUGCCCAGCUUACAGCGGUUCUGCUGGCUCUUAUUUGCACACCAAUAAGGAGUGUGUGUGUGUCUGUUUGUACAGAAUUUGAUCAGGACUACUGAAGUGUACUUCACACCUAGUGAUUGCAAUCAAAAGCUUUUCAAAGCUGUUUUGAUUUUCCCCCUCCCUGUAGCUAUAAAGCGGAAGCUAAAGUAGGUUUGAUGUUUUAAAACAGAAUGAUGUGGUUUUGGCAUGUUUUAAAAUAGCAUCAUGUUAACCGAUGUUGAUGUAUGACUGAGAUGUGUGUGUCAUUUUAAAGUUUCCAGUGUUUUAUUUAUUUAACUUGUGAUAAUAGCAUGACUAAGUAGGACAAGUGUUUGCAGCCCAAAAAAAGGGGAUUUGAAGGUGUGUUUAAGUUAUAGGAUCAAGACUGAACAGGUCGAAGGAUUUUCUUUCAAGGCUAAGGGUGAGUUUGACAUCAAUAAAAGAUUUGAAUCGGCUUUUUCCUCCUUGCAGUGGUUAGCAUGAAUCAUGCUGUCAAAUGAAGCUGGUCACUGAUAUGCUGGAGUAUGUCUUGAGUGUGUGCACACGGGAGCUGUUGCCUUUCACUGCGAUUAUGUAAGCACUUUAACCAUGUAUUCACUGUGAUGGGUUUAGAAGGAAAGCAUUUUUCAUUUCCUAAGCUAUGCAGUUGACAAAUCUAGUACUGUAGGCUCCAGCUGAACCCGCACAAUCUGCUCAUCAUUACGAUAACCCAGUGAAAUAUUUUUAUGGAUUAGCAUACUUUGUAUUCGUAAUUCUUGCCAUUUUAUGCAUUGCAAAUGUCGGUUUACUGUAUUUGUAGCGAGAUGAUCCGGAUGUAUUGGUAGUUAUCAAGGCUGGGGUCUUUUAUAAACGUUGUUUGGUUUUCACUGAAGGUUCUUUUUCACAGUUGUUUUUUAAUGAUACUUUUACGUGCACUGAGAUAUUUAUGGUGUUUAAAAUCCCUCCAAAGAUGUAGUGAAAUGCUGUAGUGUGUUUGGACAGUGCAUCACAAAAAAAGUUUCAAUACUUAUGUGUGAAUUUAAACACUUGAAUUUAGCCUGAAAGCUUUGUUUGGAAAGCAUUGCAGCAUAGUUUAUUAAGUCAUGCUGUUCUUGUGUUGCUUUACUUUGUUUGCAAAUAAAAAGCAAUACUGCA